AUGCUUGAUGUAGAUGUUGUGCGUCAUCGCCUGUACUCAUUUGGGAUGGUGAAGAAUUAUAGAACUUGGAUGUUUAAUGGGGAAUUUGAGUCUACACCGACCACUACUAAAGGUGGAAGUAGUCGUGUGCAUGAGAGUUUGGAUCAAUAUGGUGAUUUCCAUGGGAUGUUGCAUGACUUACACCCGAUGCAUGAUAUGGCACCGGCUUCAAUGGACGAAGGUCCUAGUGUGCAACAAGGUCCAGAUGGUCCCUCUGUGCAACAACUAGUUGAAGGUCCCAAUGAUGAUGCAAAAAAGUUUUACGAUCGAAUAGAAGAUGUGGAGAAACCUUUAUACAAAGUACCCGUUUGGACUCUUUGUGGUUGGACUAACAAAUCGUUCACUUUGUUGCUCCAAGUCUUGCAAGAUUUACUUCCUUUGGAUGCUAAGUUGCCAAAAGAUUGUUACGAGACUAAGAAGAUAAUUACAGAUUUGGGUUUGGGUUAUCAGAAGAUUCAUGCUUGUCCCAAUGAUUGCAUGCUUUAUUGGAAGGAAAAUAGUAACCUUGAUGCUUGCCCACAUUGUGAGGUAUCAAGAUGGAAACCACCCGAGUCGCCUGUAGCGGAUAAGACACAAGCUUCAUCAAGCAAGAGCAAGAAGAAAGCUGCAAAGGUCCUAUGUUGGUUCCCUUUAAAACCAAGAUUGCAACGACUCUUUCUAUCAUUCGAACUAGCCACUAAUAUGAAGUGGCAUGCUACUGGUCGAACAAAUGACUGGGUAAUGAGGCAUCCCACUGAUUCUGAAGCUUGGAAAGUAUUUGAUGAUAAGUAUGUAGAGUUCGCAUCUAACCCCUGCAAUGUUAGACUUGGAUUAGCAACUCAUAUGGAAACAUGA